UCAACCUAAGUUCAUUAGUAAAAUUCAACCCACACCAGGAAAGGGGUCGCUGAAAAGUUCCAUUAUAUCAAGUUCAAUUCAAGUUCAACCCAAGUUCAUCAGAGUUCAACCCAAGUUCAUUAGUAAAGUUCAACCCACACCAGGAAAAGGGUCGCUGAAAAGUCCAUUAUAACAAGUUCACUGUUACUAAGUUCAACCCAAUUAAGUUCACUAUUACAAAGUUCAACCCAAUUAGGUUCACUAUUAUGAAGUUCAACCCAAGUUCAUCAUUGAGGUUCAACCCAAGUCCAGUAUAAAAGUCAACCCACACCAGGAAUUGGGCCACUGAAAAGUUCCAUUAUUUCAAGUUCAAUUAAGUUCACUAUUAUGAAGUUCAACCCAAGUUCAUCAGUUCAACUCAAGUUCAUCAGUAAAGUUCAAAACACAUUGGGAAAAGGGCCGCUGAAAAGUUCUAUUAUUUCAAGUUCAACUCGAGUUCAUCAGUAAAGUUUAACCCAAGUUCAUCAAAGUUCAACCCAAGUUCAUCAUUAAAGUUCAAGCCACACCAGGAAGGGGGCUGCUGAAAAGUUCCAUUAUUUCAAGUUCACUGUUACAAAGUUCAACCCAAUUAAGCUCACUAUUGUUAAGUUCAAGCCAAGUUCACUAUUACUAAGUUCAAGCCAAGCCCAUUAUUACUAAGUUCAACCUAAGUUCAGUAUUACAAAGUUCAACCCAGGUUCAUUAUUACAAAGUUCAACCCAGACUCACUGUUACAAGUUCAACCCAAGUUCAUUAUUACAAGUUCAACCCAAGUCCAUUAUUUCGAAGUUCAGUGUCAAGAUCAUUAUUAUAAAGUUCAAGCUAGGUCCAUUACUUCGCAGUUCGGUGUCAAGUUCAUUAUUUCAAAGUUCAUUAUCAAGUUCAUUAUAUCGGGGAGCUUGACCUUUUUUUCUGUGUUGACCUCGUGGUGACCUUAUACUGACCUUGCUGAGUGACCUGUGCUGGGUCGUCUGAUACUACUACUACUACUACUACUACUACUACUACUACUACUACUUUCCCGGCCUUUCCGAGCCACCAACGGCACUGCCCUUUUUUUUUUUUUUUUUUUUUUUUUUCUCUCUCUCUCUCUCAGUUGCUUCAGCUGCUAAACAAUGAGCGGCUGCUGCAUGCCUGGGUGGCUGGCGCGGCGGCUGGUGGCGGGCGCGUGCUGGGUGGGGCGUGAUGCAGCAGGCCACUGGCGGCUGUGUGACGGGGCGGCGGGGCAGCUGAGGGUCCGGGGCAUGGCGGCCAAGCGGGGCGUGGAGGGGCUGUCCCCCGUGGGCCCCGCCAGGCACAGGAAGCGCGCGUGUGGCGGGGCGGUGGACGCCGGGGACUUCAUACCUUUCAACAGCGGCAGCCCCGCCCCGCCCUCACCCCCGGACCUGGGUGAGUUCAUCUUCAUCGACACCAACCCCACCCCGGUGCCUGACGCCCCUGUGCCCCCGUCCUGGCGCCGCGCCGAGGCCCCGGAGGUGGUGGUGGGCAGCCCCGCCGCGCCCAGCAGCCCCGGCAGCUCCGGCGACGCGGACAUCGCCGUGGUGUACGAGGGGCCGGGGCGGGGCGGGGCGGUUCGGACGACCAGCCCCCUUGUGACUCCGCGGCGGAGCUGCCACACGCGGGCGCGGCGGGGCAUCAAGACGCAGGCCCCGGCCGCCCCCGCGCUGGCCCCCCCCGAGGACGACGAUGAGGUGGAGGUGCUGGUGCAGGCUGCCGCCACCACCACCACCACCACCACGCAGGAGGUGGAGGUGAUCGACGUGGACAGUGUGGAGGAGGAGGAAGAGCCUGUGCAGGUGGAGGAGGAGACAGUGGAGAGUGAUGACGACGGCGGCGGCGGCGGCGUGGUGGAGACGGACGAGUACAGUGACGACGGCGGUGACGGCGCGGCGCGCGUGGCCAACGGGCGCCUGGAGGUGCGGCGCGCGGGGUUCGUGGCCCUGGGGGCGGUGGCCGUGGCGGGCCUGGCCAACACCAGCAUCGACCUGGAGGACGGCGUGCUGCGGCGGCGGCGGCGGCUGGAGGCAUUGCGGGCGUGGGACGAGACGGGCCUGGGGCGGCACGUGGCGCGGCACGGCCUGCGCGGCGGCGCGGUGCCGCUGACGGUGCUGAGCUACAACGUGCUGGCCCAGAGCCUGCUGCGCGGCAACGCGGGGCUGUACCGCGGCUGUGACGAGGCGCACCUCACCUGGGAGUACCGCUGGGCGCUGCUGCAGCACGAGGUGGAGUCCCUGGACCCCGACGUGCUGCUGCUGCAGGAGGUGGAGGCGGCGCACUACCACAGCCACUUCCUGCCCUGGCUGGCCGCGCGGGGCUACCGCGGCCUCUACAAGAAGCGCACGGGCGACAAGGCCGACGGCUGCGCCAUCUUCUACCGGCGCGAAGCCUGGCGCCUGGCGGAGCACCGCAGCGUGGAGUACCUGCAGCCGCACGCCCCCGCCGUGCUGGACCGCGACAAUGUGGGCCUCAUCGCCCGCCUGGAGCCGCGGGGCGCGGGCGGGGCCGGAGGUGCGGGCGUGGUGGUGGCCACCACGCACCUGCUGUACAACCCGCGGCGCCACGACGUGAAGCUGGCCCAGGCGGCGCUCAUGAUGGCCGAGCUGGACCGCCUGUGCUACCAGCGGCAGGAGGCGGGCCAGCCGGUGUACCUCCCUAUGGUGCUGGCCGGCGACCUCAACGCCGAGCCCCACAGCGCCGUGAUCUCCUUCCUGCGCGACGGCCGCCUGCACUACGAGGACCUGGCGGCACGCACGCUGGUGCGUCACGGCGGCGGCGGCCACAGCGCCAGGCUGGGCCCCGCGCUGCUGCCCGCGGCGCUGGGCAUCACGGCGGCCUGCCAGCACGCCGCGCUGGCCCAGGGCCGCUGGCUGGAGAGCCAGAGCGGGCCGCUCUUCUCCCCGGCCGACAAGCGCCGCCUGGAGGAGGCGCUCAUCCACCUCCACCACAGCGACCGCCCCGACGCGCCGCGCCCCGCCACUGCCGCCGUGGACCCCCUGCUGUGCCCCGGCUGGCUGACUCACGGCUUCAUGUUGAACUCGGUGUACCGGGGUCGGCGGCAGGGCCGGGAGGGCGCCCCGGAGGUGACCACCUUCCAGGAGCGGUGGUGCUGCGUGGACUACAUGCUGUACUCGCGGCGCCGCGGCCCGGACGGCAUGCCCGUGGAGGGCCGCCUCAAGCUGCUGGCCCGCAUGGCGCUGCCCUCCGCGCGCCAGGCCCGGGACUACGGACCCAUGCCCUGCGACGUGUGCCCCUCGGACCACUUCCCCCUAGCCGCCAAGUUUAUGCUCACGUCCUGAACACACACACACACACACACGCACACACACACACACACACACACACACACACACACACACCACAAAGUAUAAAUCUCUCAAGCCAUCCAUCACUUUCCCGUAGAAGGUGCCGGGGAGUGUUUAGUGUUGGGGAAGGUGUGUGGGAGGGAGUCCUGUUACCCUGCCACACACCUGCCCUGCCUCCCCCCCUCCCCCUCCUCCACCACCCCACCAAGACUAAACACCAUUUUUUUGUGUUCAAGACCUCCCUUCUUCCCUCCACCUCCAGUACAAGGAAGUGGAGAAGAGGAGGUGGAGGAAGAGGGAGAGGGUGGGAUAAGAGGAGGAAAAGGAGGAGGAAGAAAUAAGUAAAUGGCAGGAUAAGAAGAGGAGGAAAAGGAAGAGGAAGAGGAAGAAAGGAGGAGGAGGUGGAAACAAGCAAGAGAGAAAACAUCACACACACACACAAACACACAAACACACAAACAGUAAACACAAACAAACAUACGUACAAACAAACGAAGCCCGACAAACGUACCUGAGCUAGUGUGUGUGUGUGUGUGUGCGUGUGUGCGUGCGUGCGUGCGUGUGUCCAGUACAAACUUCCUAGGCAUUAAAGGUUGUAAAUAUAUAUGAUUGUGUAGAUUGUAAUGAGAGAAUGGCCUUGUUGUUAUUAUUAUUAUUAUUAUUAUUAUUAUUAUUAUUAUUAUUAUGAAACUUUCCAACUUUUCUCAUUCAUUUUCCCGCUCUUCUUCAUCUCCUUCAUCCUCUAUCUCUCCCUCAUUAUCAAACCCAUCUAUUCAUGUGCGUAAAUUCAUGUGCGUUUAUCCAUGUGCGUACACGGUAAAUCCUCCGAGGGCAGCAGUGUAUGUGUGUGUGUGUGUGUGCAUCAACUGUGGUACAAAAUCUCACCCAGACAAAUGUUAAUAGUUGUAACCCAUUCGUCCGUAACUCGUAACCUGACAACACGAGAAAUUGUAUAGCUAAUGUAUUUUUUGCGUAUACAGUAUUGAUGGUGUGUGUGCGUGCGUAUGUGUGUGUGUGUGUGUGUGUGUGUGUGUGUGUGUGUGUGUGUGUGUGUGUGUGUGUGUGUUUUACGGCAGAGAAAACAGUGCAAGGGCGUUAAAAAAAUAUAUAUAUAUAUGAAAAAAAGAAAAGAAGUAACUGGCUUUUUUUUCAUAUUUUCUUUUUUUUUUGCACCCUUGCGCUGUUUCCUCCCCUGUGUGUGUGUGUGUGUGUGUGUUUGUGUGUGUGUGCGUGAAGGUAUCGAUACAUAUUUUUGUGUAUAGAAAUGCCAUGUGUGUGUGUGUGUGUGUGUGCGUGUGUGUGUGGCAGAAAUUAUACAUAUUCUUCUUUUAGUAUUGAAAUUGUGUGUUUGUGUGUUUGUGAAUUUGCACCUUUGAUUUUCUUGUUGUUUUUUACGUUUUGAAAUGUAACUGAUUUUGUCCUCUCUGUAUUGAAGACUCCGCAGUUGUGAGUGGAUACAUGAUUUUCAGUGGUAUUUUAUUUAUAUUUAUUUAUUGCUAUUUUCUUGGGCGUCACAUUGGUCGGUGUUGGUAAAGGCCUUGGAUAGAGAAUUAAGAGUCUCGGAAUAUAGGAUUUCAUUUGUUUUUCUAUCUCGACAACACACUAGUAUUUGUCAGUACAGGUAACUCGAUUUACGCGAGUGUUGUGUCCUGGAGGAGGUCGCGUAACUCAAAAACACUGUAAAUCCAACAAGAGGUCGGUUUGUACCUUUAUUGCCUACUGUAUCACUCUGACUCCUCUCCCUCUUGUGGUUCCUCCUCUGGCUGCCCUUCCCCUCGUGGUAGCACAGCAGCGAGGGUGUUGUUGUUGUUGUUGAGUUGCGGGGCAGCGUGGUUACUGUAUUGUUGUUCAAGUGGCGCGCGGGAAGAACUGAGCUCAGCUGUGUGGCCGUGUGAGUCCAGUUGCGUGAGACAUCUGGUGGCCACUCCUUAAAAUAUCGCGUAUAAGUGAAAAAAACAUGUCAAUUAAACAUUUAUUUGGAUUUUGGACCACGCGUUAAACCAAACUUGCGUAAAUCGAGAGUUACCUGUAAUUGUAGACUGGUUAAUCAGUAAGGCUUGUCUGGUCUCAUCUCAUGUCUUGUGGUGAAAUUGGACACAUUGGUAAAGGCCUUGAAUACAGGAUUAGGAGUGUCGGAACAUAAGAUUUCAUUUGUUUUUCUAUCUCGACGGCACACAAGUAUGUCAGUAAUUUUAGACGGGUUGAUCGGUAAGGCUUGUCUGGUCUCGUCUCAUGUCUUGUGGCGAAAUCGAACACAUGUAUUCUUCUUUUCAUAAACUUUUUCCGUUACGACAGUGUUGGUAAUUGCUUUUUUUUUUUAGAAAUUACAUCGGUUAUAGUUAAAUCUUGUUGCGUUUUCUUUUAUCUUGUGGCGAAAUCAGACACAUCCUCGGCUGUAUUCUUCUGUGUAUCAGACUUUCCGUUACGACAGUGUUGGUGAUUGUGUUUUUUCUUUUGAUUUCCAUCGGUUAUCGUUAAAUCUGUCUUGUUUUCCCUUCUUUUGUGGAGCUGUAAUUAAACACAUCCUAAGACUGUAUUAGUUUACCUAUAUUUUCUCUCUUGAAUAUUCACAAGCAGUAUUUAUAAAACUUCCCUUCGGUUAUCGUUAAAUCUGUCUUGUUUUCCUUUAUUUUGUGGAGCUGUAAUUAAACACAUCCUAAGAC